AUGAGAAAAAGGGCUAAAAAUUAUUUUUAUAAAAUAGAUAGAUCCCAUAUUGCGCAUAGCACUGAUACUCCUGAUACUCCCGAUACUUCUGAUACUUCAUAUAGUAUUAAUUUUUUACACACAUUUUUUACUAAUACUACAAAUAGUCUUCAUACUAUACAUAGAAUUAAUUCUUCCAAUACUCUGCAUAAUACUGAUUCUUUGCAUAGUUUUGAUAGUGUGUAUA